AUCAAGAAGAGAAAAGUAAUGGCUCAGAUUGCGAAAUCCAUGAUAGAAGUGGAGAUCAAAGUGUCAGCUGAUAAGAUAUUCCAAGCUAUUAAGGGUACUUCGCGCAGUGUACCAAAACUAUCUCCAGACAAAAUUGGUGAUGACUGUAAAUGCACCAAGAAUUGGACUUUGUCUGUUGAUGGAAAAGUAGAGAAGAUGAAGGAGAGAGUAGAGAUAGAUGAAGCUAACAAGUCGAUGACUGUGUUUGUGUUCGAUGGAGAUGUGAUGGAGAAUUAUAGUAGCUUCAAAUGUAAUCUUCAGAUCAUACCAAAGCUACAUGGAAGAAGUAUAGCUAGAUGGAGCUGGGAAUACGAGAAGCUUAACUCAGAGUCUCCGUCUCCUAACAAAUACAUGGAUUUUGCAGUCUAUCUCACUAAAGAUAUUGAAUCUAAUUUUCUCAAAACAUAGAGACUUUAGAUGUAAUAUAUAGUAUUGCUUUGUUUGAUAUUACAACGGUUGCUUCUCCUUUAAGUAGCCAUGUAUUAAUUGUUGUAUGUACGAAAACAUCGGAGAUGUGUUCUGUCGUUAUAACGAUGUGUUUAUCA